ACACGGCUUGGAAAUGUGUAUUUUUUUAUGGGAAGAGCAGGCGUGUGGUUAUGUGAAUGCAUGAUACGCGUGUUAUUGUGUUAAGUACAACGGAGGUGAGUGGUAGUUUGUUGUGUGCAAUGGAGGAAGCAGCUGUAGCUGCGCAAGAGUACCCUGCGGAGUUUUUACUUCUAAUGCAUAAUGGGGACGGCGAUGGUGACGGUGACAGUUCAAGUAGCCGGGUCAGCAGGGUGCAUGGAGAGCGUGAAGGGAGCGAGAGCCCCACAUUCGGAGGGUCUAACGUCGGGUUUCCAUUCUCCAAAAUGACUCUGGAUGACAUGGCAACGGGCAGUGUCUCACCGCGUAUCCUCUCCAACGAGAUAUCAGCACCGUACGAGGUGCCACAGUUUCCGAUCGAGCAGCUGGAGAAGAAACUGGCCAUCCAGCGGCAGCUGUCCAGCAGGGUGGCCAAAGAUCUCGAGGACCGGCGGAGCCAUUACGAGCCGUCGGUCGGAGCGGUCCCGGACGAGGCGGAACACUCCUUCAAACUAGAGGAGCACGACUUCGUACCCCACUUCCAACGUGUCUCCGUCAGUGGCGAAGAUACCAGCGGGGUGCCUUAUGAGGAUCUGGAGCAGGCAGCUAGGCUUGUGGUUCAAGCACUGCAUGUUAGGGAGCGUUACAUGGCCAUCUCACACCAGACAUUCCCCAGCACUACAUCCCGAUUCCUGCGCUCUGUGGAUUCAGGCUGCCCACACCUGCUUGAGGAUAUUAAACACGAAGAUCGCAAGACUAUUGAAGUUGACAGCAAGCAUGAAGAUGCAAAGUUGAAGAAAUCAGAGGACAAGAAAAAACUAUAUGAAGAAAUGUAUAGUGUGAGCUGUUCAUUCAGCAACGCAGAGUUGGACCGCAUCCUGAGUCCAGUCAACGAAAAUCUCAAGAAAGAUCACCCUGUCCAUGCACCUGCCAGUAAAGGGAAUCCUUGGGAUUGUGAGUUUACACCAGACAAAGGCUACCUGUUGAGACCAGUGAAUGGUGUAUACCAUGUGUACAAGGACCAAAGAGCAUUGGAUAAUGAGGAACCAUGCAACUUUCCAUAUCCUAAUCUUGACACAUUUGUGGCAGACAUGAACAGACUGUGUGCCAUGAUUGCUGAUGGUCCACUGAAGUCAUUUUGCUAUCGGCGACUGAGUUACUUAUCGUCAAAGUUCCAGUUGCAUGUUCUCCUUAAUGAAUUGCGCGAACUUGCAUCACAAAAGGCUGUUCCCCACCGUGACUUCUACAAUAUCAGAAAGGUGGAUACUCAUAUUCAUGCGGCAUCCUGCAUGAACCAGAAGCACCUCCUCCGCUUCAUCAAGAAGACACUGAAGAACCAUGCAGAUGAGGUGGUGACAAACUCCAAGGGGCACAGCAUGACGCUGCGUGAAGUGUUCCAAUCCAUGAACCUUACCUCAUAUGACCUGACAGUUGACAUGCUGGAUGUGCAUGCUGACCGUAACACAUUCCAUCGUUUUGAUAAGUUCAAUGCCAAAUACAAUCCUAUUGGUGAGAGCAGACUACGUGAAGUAUUUCUCAAGACAGACAACUACCUAAAUGGAAAAUAUUUUGCCAGAAUAAUCAAGGAGGUUUCGUCAGAUCUGGAGGAAAGCAAAUACCAGAAUGCAGAGUUACGGUUGUCUGUCUACGGGAAAGUCCCUGAGGAAUGGGAUAAACUGGCAAAGUGGGCGAUAGAAGGAGAUGUGUACUCUGACAAUGUGCGCUGGCUAAUUCAGGUUCCACGUCUGUUUGACAUUUUCAAGUCAAACAAGCUGAUGGAUAACUUCCAGGAGUACUUGACCAACAUCUUUCUUCCACUGUUCGAAGUGACGAACAAUCCAAAAAGCCACCCAGAACUCCACAUGUUUCUGCAGUAUGUGGUGGGGUUUGAUUCCGUGGAUGAUGAGAGUAAGCCAGAAAAUCCACUGUUUGAUAAGGAUGUGACACUGCCAGAACAGUGGUGUGAUGAAGAGAACCCACCAUAUGCCUACUAUCAGUACUACACAUAUGCCAACCUCACUGUGCUCAAUCACUUUCGCAGGGAACAAGGAUUGAACACAUUUGUGUUGCGCCCACACUGUGGUGAGGCAGGUCCUAUUCAGCAUCUCGUUUGUGGGUUCAUGAUGGCUGAGAACAUCUCUCAUGGUCUGCUGCUGCGCAAGGUGCCUGUGCUACAGUAUCUGUACUAUCUGGCACAGAUUGGCAUUGCAAUGUCACCCCUUAGUAACAACUCUCUGUUUCUCAACUACCAUCGCAACCCAUUACCUGAGUAUCUGGCCCGUGGGCUGAUUGUCAGUCUCUCCACCGAUGACCCACUACAGUUUCACUUCACAAAGGAACCUCUGAUGGAGGAGUACAGUAUUGCAGCACAGGUUUGGAAAUUGAGCUCAUGUGACAUGUGUGAGCUAGCCCGCAACAGUGUCCUCAUGAGUGGAUUUCCCCACAAGAUGAAGCAAUAUUGGUUAGGACCAAAUUAUACCAAGGAAGGUGUAGCUGGUAACGACAUCACUCGAACAAACGUCCCUGACAUACGAGUAGCAUAUCGCUAUGAGACUCUAGUUGAUGAACUUUCCAACAUAUUCAAGGCUGUGGAAAGGGAAUCUGGUCCAGUCAGCCCAAUGAUGUAAGUGUCUGGUGUUUUACUGAAGUUACAGUUCUGAAAUGAUGUGAGAGCUUAUAUUGGCAGCUGUCUCUGCCAUCUGAAGCAAAUGUUUUGUUUAAAGAAGGGUCUUUCUAAUGUUAAUUUUAUUAAAAUGUAUAUGUGUUUGUUUUUGUGUACCUAUCUAUGUGUUGUAAUGAACAGCAGUGUAUGGAAGAGUAAAAGAUUCUUUUGUUUCACAUUUACACUGUUCCCAGAUAUAUAUAAAAUUAAAUGCUUGUAUUAUAGUUAUAAGCAAACUGGAAUGCAGUGUUAGGUUUAAAUUUGAACAUAAACAUUCUUUGUAUUUACAGCUGUCAUUAUAGAAUGACAGAAAAUGAAAUUGUGAUUUUUAUUGAUUUUUACCUUAUAUAAAGACUGGCCAUUUUUCAGUUUUGAAUAAAGUUUGUAAGGCUUUCAUGCUUCUUUUUUCUCA